CUUCUCUUUUGCAAGCAUUCUUCAAAUUGCAGAAAGAGGAUUAAACCCACCUGUCAACAUUACAUCCAAGUAAUCACCCAUUAUCCUACGCAAUGGACUUCUCCCUACAAAACCACGAAUCCUUCAUCGGCCGGCCAGCAACGGACUUACCCACCCCGUCACUGGUGCUUAGCAAACCCGUCCUGGAACGGAAUAUCAAACAGCUCCUCCAGGACGUCAAAGAGCUAGGGAUCUCCUUCCGACCGCACGUUAAGACGCUCAAGUCCCUCGAAGUAGUCCGCAUGAUGCUCGACAACGGCACCCACCGGAGAAUCGUCGCCUCGACCCUCUGCGAGAUUAGAGGUGCCCUCCCCCUUGCAGAAGAGGGCAUCCUCGACGAAGCUCUCUACGGCCUCCCCAUCUACCCCAGUGCCCUCCCGCAGCUCGCAGCGCUCUCAUCGAAGGUCAAAAUCGUCCUCAUGGUCGACAAUGAAGCCCAGAUCGACGCCCUUGAGGCAUUCGCACAGUCUACGGGUCGUGCAACCCCCUGGCCCGUCUUCAUCAAGGUCGACGUCGGCUCUCACCGCGCCGGGCUGGAGAGUUCCUCGCCUGCGCUGCAGUUGCUCGUGGGGAAGGUGGAGGCCUCGGCGGCGGCGGAGGUAUACGGGUUCUACUGCCAUGCGGGGCAUUCGUAUGCGUGCCGGACGGAGGAGGCUGCGGCGGCGGUGCUGAAGAGUGAGGUUGAGGGUGUGGUUCGUGCGGCGGCGUAUCUUGAUAGAAAAGAGGGGAGGAAAGUGGUGGUGUCAUUUGGGUCGACGCCGACGGCGCAUGUGGUGAAUUCGCUUCGGAGGGAGUUGCCGGAGGGGAUGGAGGUGGAGUUACAUGCUGGAAACUUCCCCGCCAAUGACUUGCAGCAAGUCUGUACCGGCCUUGUGGCCGAAGAGCAGCAGGCGGUCCGCGUCCUGGCGGAGGUGUGCAGUGUGUAUCCUGAGCGUAAUGAGGCGCUUAUCAACGCGGGGACGGUCGCGCUGACCAAGGAGAUGAGCGACGUGGCGGGCUUUGGGCGUGUGACUGACCGGCCUGGGUGGGCGGUUAGGGUCGAGGAGGUGUUUCGUGUGGGCCAGAAGGUGAUGCUGUAUAUUCAGCAUGCUUGUAUUACUGCUGCGCAGCAUCAUGUGUAUUAUGUUGCUGAUGAGGGGGAUGUGGUUAGGGAGACCUGGGUGCCGUGGAAAGGGUGGUAGUUACGAGUAGACAUAGGAUAGGAUUGAUCAUUAUCAUGGAUAUAUAACACAAAUCACAAAAGC